AUGGCUAACUAUCUCGCUUCCAUCUUCGGAACUGAGCAGGACAAGGUCAAUUGUAGCUUCUACUACAAGAUCGGCGCAUGUCGCCACGGUGACCGCUGCUCGCGCAAGCACGUCAAACCCUCGUACUCGCAGACCAUCCUCCUCCCCAACAUGUACCAGAAUCCAGCCUACGAUCCCAAGAGCAAGAUGAGCGCCGCGCAGCUGCAGAUCCACUUCGACAACUUCUACGAGGAUUUCUGGUGCGAGAUGAUCAAGUACGGCCUGAUCGAGGAAGUUGUCGUGUGCGACAACAACAACGACCAUCUCAUCGGCAACGUCUACGCACGCUUCAAGUACGAGGAAGACGCGCAGACGGCCUGCGACGCUCUCAACUCGCGCUGGUACGGCGGCCGCCCCAUCUACUGCGAGCUGUCGCCGGUCACCGACUUCCGCGAGGCGUGCUGCCGCCUCAACAGCGGCGAGGGCUGCGUCCGCGGCGGCUUCUGCAACUUCAUCCAUCGCAAGGAACCAACCCCGGAGCUGGAGCGCGAGUUGGACAUGGAGACUCGCAAGUGGCUGAAGGAACGUGGCCGAGAUCCGCGCAGCGAGUCGAGGAGCCCGAGCCCCGGCGCUGCGAAUGCUAGGCGGUAA